AUGCAAGAUCUUAAGCAGCGAACCCUCGAGAAAAUCCAGUUCCUAAAGGAUAACGGACACAAUGUCGUAGAGAUUUGGACGUGUGAUAUUGAGCGUCAACUUGCCACUGAACCCGAGAUGAAGGAUUUCUUCGACAAUUUCGAGAUUUCUGAACCUCUUGAACCUCGUCAUGCAUUCUUUGGUGGAAGGACUAACGCAACACGCCUAUAUUACGACGUCCAGCCAGAAGAGAAGAUCCGCUAUGUGGAUUUCUGCAGCCUCUACCCAUGGUAUGUAUCUUGUUGAAGUCCUUUAACUCAAACGUGUUUGCCGUUAACCUUCUUAAACAUUUUUAGGUGUAACAAAUACGGCGAGUAUCCGAUUGGCCAUCCCGAGAUUAUUACUGAGAACUUUCAACCUAUCAGUGACUACUUUGGUUUG